AUGUCAGCAACACUCUACCCACCUGAGACUAAUGACAAGCGGGUCACAUCAUGGAUUCCGCUCACAACGGCCUGGCGUAUGCCACCAGACUGUUCAACAUACUUUCGCAUCGAUGGACCUUCGCUAAUAGCAUUUGAUCCGAGAACUGACCUCGAAGGUGACCCGUCGAUCGGAUGCGCGCCAUCAGAAAUAGCAAUCUCAUGGAAACAGGUCGCCUUAGUGCACCCAGACACGGCAAACAGCCUUGGCCCUCUCACCUGUCCUGAUUACCUCCACACCGUAGGAACCUCGGUCAAGGAUGGAUCUAGCACGCUGGCCAUAUGUUGUCCUUCACCGGUCCCAGAUGGCGAUUGCCUGUCAAGCGUGUCGCCUAAUAUGGUACUGACUUUCGCAUUUACCGCACCCGAGAACUCAAGGGUUUGGACAAUAGCCACGACGACAUUGGCCACAAGCUCGACUGUCAGGGCAAUGGCGGUAAUGGGCUGGAAUAUCGAGAUGUCUGUUUCAUUGUCUCCAUCACCGGUAGCAACACCCACAAGCACCACCAUAAACAGGCUGUCUAGGAGCGCCCCGCCUGAAGACAGUUCUGGUGCCAUCUUGCCCUCCACUACAAGUGCACCCAUUACCGUCUUGCCCAACGAUGCAUCAUUUCUGGCUUCCUUGUCCGUGAUGGCUCUCACCCCAGCUAUCUCAACAUCAUCCUCUUCUACAAUAUCGAGACCAAUCACUGAUUACGGUCUAUCUGCGGAAGAUAAAGCAGGAAUCGGAGUUGGGGCUGGGGUGGUGACGAUUGGAUUGAGUGUAUUGGUGGUGGCUAUUUGUAUCGUGGUACGAAAGCAACGACGUGGGAUGAUGCACAGAGUCGCUCUUGCUUUCACGGUACAUCAAUGGCCGCACAUCGCGUAUGCGGAUAUACCAGUUAUGCCGAUACACGAGAGCCCUGGGUACGUGAAUCUCGAACAACCUGUCAAGGGAGUAGAAUGGGCAGUCUUUUCGACAGAAGUUAACAUAGGGUAG